GUGAGGUUGGAGCGAUCAGUAGUUGUUUCAAAAGUGUGUUUCGAGAGACAGAACGUUUGAAAGGAUUAGCAAAAAGGAAGAGAGUCACAGAGACAGACACAGACGAAGAGAGAGAGAGCAACAGGAUAUUUUGUCACUAUGGUUACUGGCAGCAGAUUGGGAGCUUGACUGCCGUCCUCAUUCAGGGCAGAGUGCGGCUACAGUGCUCUCAGGACAGAACCGUAUAACUGAGAUAAACUUUGUACAAGGAGUGUCAUGCUGUCUGGAUCAAUGUGGCUUCAGUAAAUAUCAAGAACAGCUUGUUCCAUCUGUGAGUUAUUGGUUCCUAAAACGUCAAGAUGGGGUCAACCACUGUGCCUGUGACCUUUACCUCCACACACACCAGCAACGACUCUAAAAAUUCUGCCUGUGACACCCUGUACGCCCACCGGGACUAUGCCAGGGUCCUCAUGCCUCUUUUCUAUUGCGUUGUGUUCAUCGUGGGACUGUUCGGUAACAGCCUCGCCCUCCACGUCAUCCGUCCCAAUCUGAAGAAGAUGAACUCCACCACCUUGUACUCUCUUAACCUGGUCAUUUCUGACAUCCUCUUCACCCUGUCCCUGCCUGUGAGGAUUGUCUACUAUGCUCUGGGCUUCCACUGGCCUCUGGGUGAGGUGCUGUGCAAGACCUCAGGCCUCAUCUUCUAUAUCAACACCUAUGCAGGGGUCAAUUUCAUGACCUGCCUCAGUGUAGACCGCUUCAUUGCUGUGGUCCUUCCUCUGCGCUUCGGCCGACUCAGGAAGGUCAGUAACGUGCGCUACAUUUGUGUAGUUGUGUGGCUGGUGGUCCUGGCGCAGACCCUCCCCCUGCUGAGCAUGGAUAUGGCCAACGAGGAACCUGAUGGCUACAUCACCUGUAUGGAAUACCCCAACUUUGAGAAGGUCGACCACAUUGCCACGAUCCUGAUUGGUGCUGUCUUCCUUGGGUAUGUCAUCCCUGUGGUGACCAUCCUUGUGUGUUACUCCAUCUUGUGCUCCAAACUCCACUUCACAGCCAAGAACAACCACUUGACAGAAAAGUCUGGCCGGAGCCGCAAGGCCAUCGGUGUGAUCUGCUGUGUAGCCCUGGUGUUUGUUCUCUGCUUCAGCCCUUAUCACAUUAACCUCCUGCAGUACAUGGUCCGCAAGCUGGUGUCGAGCCCCGACUGCACCGAUCUCACCGCCUUUCAGGUGUCGCUGCACAUCACUGUGUGUCUGAUGAACCUCAACUCCUGUUUGGAUCCUUUUAUCUACUUCUUCGCCUGCAAAGGCUACAAGAGGAAAGUUCUGAAGCUGCUGAAGCUACAGGUCAGCAUGUCCUUCUCCAGUGCGGUGAGGACGUCACCUGAAGGCUCCUCUAAGGAUGUAAUUGAUGGCAACAAGUUCCAACUAGGUUCCACGAUAGGUUCAACCAGUGAGAGACUCACAGAAAGGAGAGUACUGCGGCAUGAGUAAAUGAGAGAACUGAGGCACAACAUGAAGAACCUUUUACACGUGGGCCUACUUUAAUCAAGACCAGUCAAAAAAUGUGACUCAUGCCAACAGCUACUCCGCAUCUGGAUCUACAGAAAUUCAGCUCUUUUGGACAGAUUAAUUUACACCAGGGAAAGUUUUUAAAUGAACAUUAACAGAAUGACUCAGCCCUUAUACUGUUCUGUAUAGAUUUUUUCUUAUUGAUAUCAGUGAGUUACUCAGGAAAGCAGAGAUUGUUGCAGCUAAGGAAAGAAAGGAGGAUACUUCUUUAUAAAGUGUGCUAGUCUCCUGCCCGUAGACCAUAGUGUCGAUGGAGUGGCGCAUUAGCGCAGAAGUGGACAGUCAACUGAUAGCGACUGAGAGUUGAAAGAGACAUUGAUGACCACCAGACAUAAAGUAUGUUACAGUAUGUGUACUUAUAUCCCUAAAUGCAGUAUACUCGCCAGAAAGAAACAUUUUUUGAAAUAUUUGCAACCGAAUAAUGACCUCACAUCUAAUCCCAUCCUGCAGUGUUACCUUUACGAACUGGGAUGUUAAGGUGCAAGUAGAUAUGAGUUUCACUUCAAAAUGAAAUCGGACUAAUUUUUGUUUACCUAAAGUUUGAAUUCAGCACACAGUUGUAGUAUCUCAGGAUCGAGAGGAUUGAUAUUGACAAACUGUACACUCAUCGUUUCAGCUGCCUGCCAACCGAUUAACCUUAUUUUGUUGAAGGGGCACCACGUUUGUCUGCAUUCAUUUGCUCAUGAUAAAAGUCAUGAUUUCUUGUAAACAGACAGAAGUUAUGCUUAAAAUCAGCGUUAUUCAUAAUAACGCAUGGUGCAUAUCCCUGAGGUCUAAACAACAUGUCGAGUGUAUUUCACUCCUCAUAAAAUAUUUGCAAAGAUGAAUGUAUUCAUAAUCCAGCACUGUUUACAUCCAUGUUUUCCAGCUUGCAGCCUUUGUCCUUGGCUUUUGCUGGCGCUGUGAGGAGAGGGUGUGUUACCGCCACCUGUAGAUCAGUGGAAUAUAUGACACCACUGGCAGGACUGUGAAAUUGCAUCAUACAUGCGUGCAUGCUGACGAGAUAAGUAAAACAGGGAACCUCUCUUCGUAGCACUACUAGAGGUCUAAAACGUCCUUGUAUAUUGUUGCUUUUGGAGUGCUACCAAAAGCAUUUUUUGUUUUAAUUGUAAUUUUCUUGAGAGAGCUGUAGCAACACUCAUGCUUAUGAAAAUCAGGUGUCAUUUCAUUGGUCCAGAAAGCUAAAUCUGUCCACAUAUUUAAGUGUUCAGAAAAUGAAUCAAACAAGAUAUAGUAGGGGUCAUUUUCAAAAACAUGUAUGCUUGUUCUGAUUUAUUUUCCUAAAUUAUGUCUUUUUGUGCAGUAAAGUUAAUCACACUGGUGUUCGUCAUGCCAAAAAUGCCUUUUAUCUGUUUUUGUAAAUGAACUUUUUCAAAUGUCACACUGCUUUUCAGUGUGCCUAAGGCCAGACAAACCUCAAACGCCGAUUUGUCCAUGCUGAACAACUUUGAGGAGGGUCUCAACAUGUUAUCCGAGCACAUAAAGAGUCAAAACAACAUAAGAAAUAAACUCAAAGGAAGUUGA